CUCCUGCUUGAAAAUGGCUUUCUCCCUUCAAAUUGAGAAUGAAUUUGUUCAGAACUCAGAGAGAGUGAAGUCUGUUGAUCUGCAUCCAACUGAGCCAAGGAUUCUAGUGGGUUUGUAUUCAGGAACAAUUUCCAUUUGGAACUACAAUACCAAGACUGAAGAAAAGUCUUUCAAGAUUUUGAAUUCUGCAGUGAGAUCAGCCAAGUUCAUAGCUCGAGAAAACUGGAUUGUAGCCGCAACCGACGACAAAUUUAUCCGUGUUUACAAUUACAAAAACACAGAGAAGGUGACAGAGUUUGAGGCUCACAAAGAUUUCAUAAGGAGUUUGGCUGUACAUCCUACACUGCCAUGUGUUAUAUCAGCUUCUGAUGAUCAAGUUCUUAAGGUUUGGGAUUGGACUAAUGGUUGGUCAAGUGUUCAAAACUUUGAAGGUCAUUCUCAUUAUGUGAUGCAAAUUGCAUUAAAUCCAAAUGAUGAAUCUUCCUUUGCAAGUGCUUCCCUUGAUGGAACUAUAAAGAUUUGGAAUCUAAGCUCCUCAGCUGCAAAAUUUACCUUGGAGGGACACUUAAAAGGGGUGAAUUGUGUUGAGUAUUUCUCAAGAAAUGGCAAGCAAUAUUUGUUGAGUGGUUCUGAUGAUUACACUGCUAAGGUUUGGGAUUAUCAUAAUACUGAAAACGUUGUACAAACAUUGGAAGGACAUAAAAACAAUGUUACAGCAAUCUGUGCCCAUCCUGAGUUUCCUAUAAUAGUCACAGCUUCAGAGGAUAACACUGUUAAAAUAUGGGAUGCUGUCACUUAUAGGCUUCAAACCACGUUGAACUUUGAUCUAGAGAGAGUAUGGAGUAUUGGAUAUAAGAAAGGAUCACAUCGGCUUGCUUUCGGUUGUGACAAAGGAUUCAUCAUAGUGAAGAUUGAUUGGUCUUCUCAACACCUUCAUGCUGCCAAACGAGACUAGAACGAAAAAAUCACUUGAGACUUUCAGCCAAAGACUAUAAGAAAACAAAUUAAUUUGGAUCAUUUGAAGUACACUUAGUAAAGUAUACAAAGCCAGGUAUAAAGAGGUGGGCUCCACUUCCAUGAGACCCACAUUAUUAAAAAGUGAGGCCAACUUUUUGGCAUCUAUCUUUCUUUUCACUUCAGGUGAAACACAUUUUAGUGUGUUUAACUAUAAAAAUAAAUAAACUUUCUUAUAUAAUAACUAGGAUGUAAUCUUUAAGGAAUGCUUUUUUUUUUUUUGAUGUACUUAUUCAUAGUUGGAGCACAUUGUGCUUGUGAGGUGCUAUUCAUAAGUUAUUUUAUUUCAUGUAUUCCAUUCGAUAACGUGUUUACGUUGUAAUGUGCGGUGAUAUAUAGUGUUUAAUUACUUAAUAAACAUUCUUUUAUCAGAAA